CGGUCGUCGCGGCAACGUCGAAUUUUGUAAUGUUUGGAUGUGCGUACAUGAAAUGUGUUUUGUAACAUAAUCAACCUGUCUUCUUACUGGGUGAUUUCGCGAGGUACAUGUGGUAAAUUACGACCCUAAAAAGCUCUUAUGGAUUAGGGCAGCUCGUUUUAACGAAUAUUGACUUGAACAACGCCAAACGAUUAAAAGGAGGCUAUCUAAAGUAAACAACUUACCAUCCUCUGCAAACAUGAGGUCGUGGAUUUUACGUGCGGUCGGUAACGCUUUGCAAGGAUCAAAGCAAGAUAUGAAAAGACGGUUCCACAGUAAAGCUUCGGCUGUCAUGCAAGAGGCACCCAAGUAUCCCGGCAAGCGUUCUCUGGUUUUGGAACCUCAAGCAAAGUCCUCAGAGACCAAGCUACUGCAACAGUUGCGAACACGAAUUCUUGCAUCAGGUCCAAUUACAGUGGCAGAGUACAUGAAGGAAGUCCUCACAAAUCCAAUGUCGGGUUACUACAUGCACAGGGAUGUUUUUGGCAGUGCAGGUGACUUCACUACAUCGCCGGAGAUUUCUCAGAUGUUUGGAGAGCUAAUUGCGGUUUGGUUCCUCAACGAAUGGAUGAAAGCCGGAAAGCCCAAACCACUUUAUAUCGUUGAACUUGGUCCAGGGCGUGGCACACUUGCAGACGACAUGCUUAGGGUGUUUUCAAAGUACAGCGAUGCCAUGGAGGUUGUGUCCUUGCACCUUGUCGAGAUCAGUCCACACCUGAGCCAAAUCCAAGAAUUAAAACUUUGCGGUACAGUAAGUGUCGUGAAAGAUGUGCUGGAUGAAAGACCGGUCCACCUGAGGAUACCCAUCAAAAGCGAAAGUGAAGAGGUGACCUACAAACAGAGCAUUACAAAGCAUGGAGUGCCAGUGGCCUGGUACAGACACUUGCAUGACGUUCCACGGGGCUUUUCUUGCUUCAUAGCCCAUGAAUUCCUCGAUGCAUUACCAGUACACAAGUUCCAGCGUACCAAAGAAGGAUGGCGCGAGCUCUUCAUUGACUUGGACGAUGGUCCUGGUCCCCAUCAUUUGCGUUAUGUUCUUUCAAGGGGACCAACACCUGCAAGCUUCUUCACAGACUUGGUUGACACAGAGAAGCGUGACCAUGUGGAAGUAUGUCCCGAGGCCGGAGUGAUCGUGCAAGAGAUAGCAAGUCGUAUGCACGAGAACGGAGGAACAGGACUCAUAGUUGACUAUGGACACGAUGGAACGAAAUCGGACACUUUCAGGGCAUUCAAGAACCACGACCUUCAUCCAGCGCUUUCAGAACCAGGAACAGCCGAUUUGACAGCAGAUGUAGACUUCAGCUACCUCAAGAAGAUCUUGAGCGGAAAAGCGUUGACCUAUGGGCCAGUAACUCAAGAACAGUUUCUCAAGAGUAUGGGCAUUGACAUCAGAUACCAGGACACUAAACCAAGGCAUUGGAACUGGACAGUUUAAGGGACUAUUGCAUACGGCAAUGUAUGUACAUAUGUACGCCGCUUCACAGUCAACUUGGCCAAGUUUCUCUCCCAGAAACAGCUUACAUAUUAAAUAAACUAGUUUUAAGGAUUUGAACUCCCUCUGCAGCUAACACUGAUGACGUUAAGCCAGGCACACGAAUGGGAGCGUGGCGCAAGUGAUUUUCUCCGAGGUCCUCUGCUUAGCGUUCGUUACUUGAAGUACCAAGUACUCAAGUAGUACUUUAAGUACAUUUCUGUGUACCUGUACUUUACUUUAAGUACAUUUUAAAUCGUGUACUUUGUACUGUAUUUAAGGUACUUUUUUUCCCGAGUACUUUCCCAUCAAGUACUCCAGUACCCAAACUUGGACUCCAGACAAAAAAUCACAAAAGAGUAUCAAAAAUGCACCUUGAUAAAAGCGCUAAAAUGACGGCAAGAAAACGUCAUUUUAGCGCUUUUAGUGGGAUGCAGUACCAAGAGUCCCAGUCUGACCCUUUAACCAAAAAGGGUUUUUGUGCUGUUAAAGAGCAUACAGUUGAACCUCUAUAUAACGAAUUUGUAAAUGCUGACUCUUUGUUUCGUUAAAUCGAGAUAUUCGUUAAAUGGAACACGCCAAGUUAAACGAAGAUGGCCGCCGCACUACCAGCGCCGCGCGUUCCGCAAAACGUCAUUUGUCAUGAAACAGGUACUAAGGUAAGAAGGGCACAAAAUAUCAAGCUUUAUUCAUUACAUAAUGCUAGGUAACACGUAAUUUGUGCACAGUGUCGCUCUGAGCGUUCAUUACCUUCGUAACUCCGGAUGAACCUCGACUGCUUUCUCCUACGCUCGCGUAUCGAAGUUUCUUUGGUUCACUUUCACUCAUGACGUCCGGAAAGAACAAUAGUACGCCGCCGAAAAGAACGAGAAAUGGGUACAUGUCGCGUUGACGCCUGCGCCGAUGGAACCUUGAACGGCAGCGGCAUCAUGCCCAUUUUACCACCGUCAGCAUUAGCGGCGCGAACAAAAAAAAAGUAAUGAAAAGGCACAAAACCACAACGUACUGUCGUCGUCAUCAACACAAGCAGAUAAGACUUCGCGAGGCGUGAGCAAAAAAUGUCAGCAAUGCGUGUUUUCUUGUCCGAAAAUGGGUGCGAAGAGAGCCUCGCGCCGGCACGACGCACCGUCGCGGCGCACAGCAUCGGCGCACCGAUUACCGGCUGAGGCGAAGCACACGUCGGCACGUUCGCGCCCCCAGCACGUGACAACCGAAGUAACCAACGAAAACUCACGUAAAACCAACGGAGAAGGAAAGUUUCUCCUCCUUUUCUUUGUGGUUAAGGGGUAAAGACACGCGCAGGAGAGCCCGGGGACUUCGUUAAAUAGAGGUGACCAAACGAACGUAUUUCGCUAAAUCGAGCUCAAAAAUACAUUGGCGUCUAUGGGGACGCGCUCGUGCAACGGAAAUUUUUCGUUAAACGGAGGAUUUCGUUAAAUGGACGUUCGUUAUUGAGAGGUUCAACUGUAUUUGCAGAAGCAAAUUUAUUGUUGAGAGGCUUGAAAUGUUGAAAAGGUAUUGACGCUUUUGAUUAUGUAAAACGAAUGGAAUGCAAAGACACGCCCACAUUAUGACACUGCGACCUGCAGCACAAUGACUUGGUCAUUUCAAUUCUCCUAAUGCGGGGUUAUAUGCUUUUUUUAUAUUGUUUAAUUCAUUGGCAAUUAAUAAUCAUUUGAUAUCACAAUAUGUGACUGCAUUACAUGAUGAACACUGUGAAAGACACAUGGAUUAUAUUGCUGCAGAUCACAGUCCUAUAAAAAUGAUGGCUUACGUUGUGCUUCAUCCUUUUUUACUUUCUUCAUAUCCUUUUUUUCAAACAUGUUGUAUUUCAAAAAGCAGCAUGGAAUGCCCAGAAAUAUAUAAUCUCCGUUGGCUUUUACUUUUUCCCCGUGAAAUUUCCUAGCCUGUUAUAGCAGAAAAUUAGUACCGGAACACCACACUAGGGCGGGUGAUCUUGGAUCAGCAUAAUACAUAAUCACAGCACAGCUGACGGAUUACCUCUCUACAUGUACCUGCAAAUUAUGUCAACUGAUUAAGUUCAUAUUCACCGGUUAGCACUUAACAACCUAGGACUUUAUGGCUUUAGAGGAUUUGUUAAGAAGGCUCGCUAAGGUUUUGCCAAAAAACCAAGACACAACCAAGACACAGAUACUAAACAGUGAAAUGCAAAGUGAUACAAAUUUUUUGUAUCCCAUGAUGUUGAUUAAAGUAGUUUUGAAUAUU